AUGUUGGGCAGAUUUCAAUUGAGCAGUACGUGGAAGUGUAAACUCAAAGGUCAAAUUUUGCAGUAUUGGCUGGAAAAGUUCCAGAAGGAAUCCGCGAUUACCCAUCAGAAGAAGAGGAGCAAUUUGAAAGAGAAAGAACCUAAAUUAAAAGUAAUUGAUAGAGGGCAAAUACAUUUUGAAGAGAAUCAAAAUAUCGGAAAACAAGAAGAAAGUUUAAGGGUCAUAAAAGAAUCAGAGAAAACUCAGGCCACUCAAAUGAAAGAGAAACUAUUCAUAAUAUCAUUAUAUUUGAAAGCAAAAUUAAAAAACUGGAGCAUGAAGAAUGUGAUUAAUUCAGAAGAACAUACAUCGAGGAAACUAUUGAAACCCAUAUUUAUUCCAAAAAGAAACAAAGAGAUUGCUAGAACUGGAAGAGAGAAAAAAGAGUCGUGUUUAAUGGUUGCCGAAAUAGUUCGGAAAGAAUUACAAAAAACUGGCGGCUUGGAUGAAGAGGCAGGAUACGAAGCACGGAAAUUGCGUGAAUUGAAACAAACCAAAAGAGAUAAAGAACGUGAAAUGUAUUUAUUUAUUGAAAGAAUCUUUUGUCAUUAA